AAAGAAGAGUUCUAAAUGAAAGUAAAUUUAUAGGCAAUUAAAAGAGAGAUAAUUUAGCUUUCAUUUGAGUAGAAGGCAAAGAUAAGCUUCCUCUGGCUUCUGUACAUUAUAAUUUAUUAAUAUUCUCGACAACUUCCUUUUACACCAAAAAUUGUUUUAUUUUUCCCUUCAUCUCUUGUGUCCACAUCAACACUACGUCCAACAUUAUUGAUUUUGAUUGCUCAUUUAUACAUUUCUGCUUCUGAUUGAAUCAACAUGAAAUCUGAAGCAGAAAUGGUCAGCAACAAUGAAAUUAAAACAAAGGGUGAUGAAAAGAAGGGAGAGAAAAAGUUCUUCGCUAUUGACAAGAAAAUGUGGCGCUUUAAGCUCCAUUUUUUUCUGUUUAUAGGAGGCAUUGCUACUGUGUUUCCAUACUUACCACAUUAUGCCAAUAAAAAUAUUGGAAUUUCUUUCACAGCCAUUGCCAUAAUAUUUAUGGUGCAACAGUUUUUAUUCAUUGUCACAAAGACUAUAAUAGGUUAUCUAGCGGAUUAUUUCAAUCAACUCAAAGCAAUGAUCUGUAUUUUGACUGUUACACAAGGUCUCAGCUUUGCACUCAUUUUAAUCAUACCGAAAAUUGAACACACUGUUACUUCCACUGCUAACAACUCAUCGUGUUAUCUAGAACAUUUGGAAAAAUUCUUCGAUCCAGAAUUAUCAUUUUUAAAAACUGAUGAUGAAAUGAUUUCUUUCUGUGGCGAGCUGGACUUGGAACAAAACCCUGUAUUGAAUUGUGAGCGUGAUCUUUGUGACCGUGUGUGUUUAUGCACCCAGAUAAAUGAUAGCCGAUGCUGUUUUUCUUUAAAAAAAAGAGGGAAUUUCAGUCAAGAAUAUAUUAAAAACCACACAACAAUGCACUGCUCGUGCCCCGAGGAACCACCGGAAGAUGCGACACAAAUUAACGAAUUUCUAUCCUAUCAGUUCUGGCUAUUCGCUUUCAUACACACUCUUGGAAUGGUAUGCAACAAUGCAGUGUUCACACUCUCAGAUACAGCCUGCUGUGAAAGUGUGGAGAAAACUGGCACCAACUUCGGACGCCAAAGACUGUGGGGUGCGAUCGGAUGGGGAUUGCUGGCUCCUUUAGGUGGACUUCUGAACGACUGCACGGAGAGCUACAUCCCAUCGUGGAUGUUCAUGGAAGUAUGUUUGUGUUUUGUGAUAUGGAACAUUUUGAAACUAGAAUUAGAAAAACCAACUUUUUCAAAAAAUAUCAUGAAAGAUGUCGGAACUGUACUGAAGUCAGGCGAGUUCUUGAUUUUUGAAGCAGGCUUGUUGAUGAACGGCAUCGGAGCAGCUCUGAUCUGGAGCUACUUAGUGAUGUUCCUCAUAUCCAUCGGUGCCAGCAAACUGUUAUGUGGAUUGUCUCUCACUGUGCAAAGCUUCCUAGGCACUUUACCAUUGAUGUACUUUUCUGGAGCAAUCAUAAAGAAAUUGGGACAUUUAAACGUUUGUUCUUUAGCUCUGAUAUUGUACACAGUUCGUUUUCUGUGGUACAGUUACUUGUACAACCCAUGGUUGGUUCUGAUUGUUGAAUUACUCCACGGCUUCACGUAUGGAUUACUGUAUACAAAUAUUGCAUCUUUUGGCAAGGAGAGUGCAAAGCCAGGAACUGAAGCAACUACACAAUCACUUCUAUUUGGAACGCACGAGGGAUUAGGUGGAGGUUUUGGCUGUGUUCUUGGCGGUCUUGGACUAGAUCUAGUUGGAGGUCGUCAGACUUUCUUCAUUGCCAGUCUCUUCACUGGAUGUGGAUUUUUACUUCACCAACUGAGCAUCCGGUUGGUCCAAAGAAGAAAAGGAAACAUAAAAAUAACACCAGAGUUUACUCCAACCGUUGAAACUAAUCAUAAAAUAUAGCAUUUCAAUAAAAAUUCAUUGCUAGAAAAUCAAUUAAAAUUAUACGGCUUUUU